CUCGGGCACAGCUGUGCGGUGUAGCCUUCUUUGUUUGAAUUCACAGGACUCUAGGACCCGGCGGAUACAGGACAGGCGAUCGGGGUUGACUUGUCAGUGCAUGCAGUGUGUGGAAUCGUGGACACACCUGGCUUUAAAGUUUUACAAUUGCCUUUACAAUUCGCGCCUUGGACGAUUCCAAUUUGGACCCACGGAUGAACUUCGUGGAAAUGAAUCUUAAAGGCUUACAUGGUUUCGUUUUGUGGUCGACUGGCAACGCGCGAUAUUUCACCGCUGCCUGUGCGAACAAGUGAACGCUGCAACUUUUCUGUAAUUUUGAAAAGGACCGACUGUGCUUCUGUAAGCACACUUCAUGUUUGUGUUUACAUGCACUAUUCAUCAAAAUUGACCUGAUGGGAAGUGGUUUCAUAUGAUCAUUUAGGUGACGUCAUCUUAAAAUAAGCGAAUGAACAAUACGGUCUUCUCUUUUGACGCCCCAGCAAGGAACCCACAAGGAGAUACUAUGUAUCAAGCAAACAGUUUCGCCAUGGGAUCAAUCUGUAUUUCUAAUGUUUCUAAUGGACUUGUUUCAGAAGACCACAUUUUGCAUCAAAGUUUCUAGGGAUAGAACGUACACGCGUUUCCUUCUUCAUUUCUUCAAUCCUCUCGUGUUUGUAGAAACAAUGCUUGUAGAAACAAUGUCUGGGACUGUUUGAAACAGUGAAAACUUUUGAAUGACUUCGUCGGGUUUUUAGUCAUCCAGCCUCAUAUUUGGAGCUCCGUACUGUAGGCUAAUGGAGAGGAAAGACACAGCGGCGGAAAAUGAAAUCGUGGAGGUCCAGCCGCAGCAGCACCCCCAGCCGGCAUCCAAGCCCGAAAACGGGGAGGUCGUCUUGGUCAUCAACCACAGCCAAGUCCAUCUACCCAUCAGCGUGAUACUUGCCACAGUGCUUUGGUGUGCUGAGGUAGUUUGCGCGUCUAUACUCAGCAAACUGUACCAUGACAGCGAAGACGAUACUUGGAUGGGCUUGACCAUCGCCUUCAUGCUUAUACCGGCGGUGCUGAUUCAGCUGACGCUGACCUUCAUUCACAGGGAUUUGGGCAUGGACAGGCCCCUGGUCCUGUUCAUGCACAUGCUGAUGUUGGGGCCAUUGAUAAGGUGCAUCGAGGCGCUGGUGACGUACGGCCGGGCGGGGAGGCAGGAGGAGCCGUACGUGACCAUCAGCCGCAAGAAGAAGCUGAAGAAAGGCAAGGGGCUGCCCAUGGAGUGGGAGAUCGGCCACUCGGAGCGCCGGCUGGCCGUCCACCGCAACGCUUUCAAGCGCACGGCCAUCAUCCAGGCCUUCCUGGGCUCCACGCCACAACUCACCCUGCAGCUCUACGUCACCAUCCAGGAGAAAUACGUCUUCUUCCACGCCAGGUUCAUUCUGAUGAUCAUCACACUCGUCUCCAUCACCUACGGUGCCCUGGUGUGCAGUGUGCUGGCCAUCAACAUCAAGUACGACGAGUACAAGGUGCGCGUGCGUUCCCAUGCCUACCUGUGCAUGGUGCUGUGGCGCGGGCUGGAGAUCGCCACGCGCGUGGUCUCCCUGGUGCUCUUCUGCACGGCGCUCAACCUCUGGAUCAUCCCCGUGGGCCUGGCCAACCUGCUCUUCUUCUUCUUCCUGCCGUGGGUGGAGUUCUGGGCUCGGCGGGGCUCGCUGCCCGAGAACGUGGAGAAGGACCUGAGCAAGGUGGGCACGGUGAUGGUGCUGAGCAUGGUGACGCUGCUGUACGCCUGCAUCAACGUCUUCUGCUGGUCGGCGGUGCAGCUCAACCUGGCCGACCACGACCUGAUCGAGAAGAAGCCGCGCUGGAACCGCGUGGCGCUCUACUACUCGGCGCGCUUCGCCGAGAACGUGCUGCUGACCGUGCUCUGGUACCUGUACAAGUCGGACUUCUACGAGUACGUGUGCGCACCGCUGCUGGUGGUUCAGCUGGUGGUGUGCUACGGCCUGGCUGUCUUCUUCAUGCUCCUCUUCUACCAGUUCUGCCACCCGUGCCGACGCCUCUUCCACCACAACGUGGAGGACUUCCUGAGCUGCUUCUGCUGUCGACGCAGCAAGCCCAAGGAGAAGGACGUGGAGGAGCAGAGGGAACCCUCUUUAACAGAGGACAAGGAGGAGGCCUCUCCAGAACCUUUACUAGAACCCGCUAAGGAACAUCCACCAGAGUCGGUGGUACAGUUGCCACCGGAUGACGAGCCUCCACCUAAUGCUCACGUUGAUCAGAUUGGAGAUCGGGAAACAGACGAAGACCUUGUUGACACAGUUAAUCAUAACUCGGUGAAGGUUGAGGCUUGACUGGGGCCAUACACUGUGUAAGCACACAACACUGAAUCUGAGUUACAGUACAUGGUACUUGUGUUGAGGACAAUCACCACUGACUGAGAGUUGAGGUUGGUGGAGAUGGUGCAAUACUGCCCCCUGCUGGAGUCUUAGAAAGAUAGCAAUUUGACCUCAGGGAAGUGAGGGGGAGGAAGCCAGACUGGUAUGGAAUUAUCUUUCUGUUGGUUGAUGUUCUGUAAAUACACGUUUACUGAGCUGAUCUCUUUUGUCUAAAUGUCUAACAUGGCUUCACAGACAGCUUGUAUUAUUGAGCUGAGCCUGAGUUUGUUUUUCGCAUUGUUCACAUCUGGACAGUGUGUAGGAAGUUCAGAUGGUUGAUCCUUCUAGUCCAGUGACGGUGGACCACAGGAAAUGCAGGAAUGUUCCAGAGCUGGAGAUGCACAAAGGCUCCCUUCACGAAGGCUGCAUGGUGUCGGACACGUCAGUCCAGGUGUGUGGGACAGGAGCCAAAAGUGGCCUUUUCUGGUGGGAAUAACCUGGUAACCUGGGGCAUCCCCCUCGAGACUACUCCCCUCUCACACUAACACCAGUGGACAUGCUCCAGUCUCUGAAGCAGGCAUUAGCACUCUGUGUCUGAAUGCACUUUUAAGUUCAAAUUAACACUGCCAUUGGAGAGGUGGUAGAGAACGACUGUUUCCUUACAGUUCAACACUGAAAUUUGUUGUGUGCUUGAGACAAGAGUAUGAGAGGGAAAAAUGUAUGUUGGAAAUGCAUGGGACCUACAAGUUUACGUUUGGUAACAAUUGCCAUAUUUAAUUUAAUUUUGAUAUUGUGUUGUCAGUGGCUUGAAACCGUAUAAAUAUGCAACAGUAGUUUUUUUUUAUUUGUGUAUAGGCUAUAUGUGUGACAAUUGCUGUUGAUCCAAGUUAUUGGUGUUGUAUGUAUAUACUUGUAAUGAUUCACACGGAGUUGAUUUUUCUUUUGAAGUGCCUUGAAACUACUUCAUGAUGUCCUUAUGAAUGAAUGAAUAAAUAAAUAAACAAAUGGUUGUUUAA